GAUGACACAGCAAAAUGGCUGCUGGACGUGAUUCCCGUCGUAUUCAAGGUCCAGAGAAGUCCAUCUCUUACACAGUAUUUCAACCAAAAGAAAAGAAGCCUUUCUUGGGAGAUGAUGGAAUGCGUAAGGAUGGACGAUCGGCCAUUGAUCCACGAAAACUUUUUAUGAGUGUGGGUAUUAUAAGUCAAGCCAAAGGUUCAUCAUAUUUGGAAAUUGGAAAUACUAAAGUGUGUUGUGGUGUAUACGGCCCAAAAGACAUCCAAAGAGGUAACGACUUCAAAAUGACUGGACAGGUAAUGUGUGAAGUUAAGAUGGCUCCAUUUUCCAACAUAAUUAGGAAGUCUCCACAACCAGACAAAAGGCAAAGAGAAAUGAGUAGACAAAUGAAGGAAGCUUUAGAGUCUGUUAUUGUAUUGGAAAAAUUCCCAAAGUCACAAAUUGAUGUUUAUUUAACAGUCAUAGAAGAUGAUGGAGGAGCAUUAUCAGCAUGUAUUACUGCAGCAGGAUUAGCCCUUUGCCAUGCCAACAUAGACGUAUAUGAUUUUUUAAUAGGCUCCACUGUGGUAUGUAUAGAUUUUCUAGGUUUGCUAAAGUCCCUUCAAAGGUCCCUUGUUAUUUGUAUUGUCAUUAUAUUUUAAGCAGAGGAAUCUUAG